AUGUUGCACAUUAUGCCCGUAGAUGGCGUAAAAGAUCCAGUUGAAGCGAAGAAUAGGAUCAAGCACGAUCGCCACGUAGUACCACCAGGCGUAUUUGAAGCCCAGUGUGUUUCGCAGGAAUGGAUGUUUUGCGUACGGGUCCAUCAAACUCCAGUCCAUGACAAUAUCCCAGACGCUGCAGUAGACGCCAUUGAUGGUUGCCCAGAAGAUGAACAAGACUCGCAAUCUUUCGACCUUGUUGAUACGCCACAGACUCAAGCUCAUGUAGUAGAGAAUCGUGCACAUGUACUUGCCAAAGUUGGCCAUGUGGGGGAACAGACUCCUUGUAUCGGCAUAUCUGCGAAGACAUUGGAGAGCACGCCAGAUACCUGGAAGAGUCGCAAAGAAUCCAAGCAGUCGAGAGUGUGA